AUGUUGAUUGACUACGAAUUUGAAGGGUGUGUCCUAGGAGUGGAAAAAACCGACAACAAGACGGUGGUUGGUUAUCCCUCAAAUGCCAAAAACAUCGCCUACGUCGUUCGCCCUGCAGCGGAAAGAAAACAUGACCCCCCAAAGCCGCAAGUCACUCUGGAGUGGAAACAGCUCCUCCCGGAGUCUCGCGUCGCGGUGUGGCAAGACAUUGAUCCCAAGAGAAUACGAAAGCUGAAGAAAGAGGUGUUCGUUCCGACAAGCCUUGAAUUCCAAGAGCGCCAACGCGAGGAGUGCUGGUAUGGCACAGAGGAAGACGCAGAUUACCGUUACUUUCGGUCCAUUACCAAAGUCAACAACAGCGCCCAGACUUCGGACCUGUACGACUGCAAUGCCUGGCGCAUUCAAGCCAAAUUUCGGGGUGAUGGAUAUAGGGAUAUUCGACCAAAAGACAUCAGUCGAGAGGUCUACAUCGAUGCAUGGAAAAGCCUUGGGAUUUGGCUUUACUCCAGAACGGACGCUUACCCGAUCAGCCAGAUUUUUUUUUCUUUCCAGGGACUUCCGUCAAAAUCAAAAGGCCAAUUUCGAUCAAAGAUUUGGAUCGGUCUCUAUGACAGACUUGAGCGAUGA